UCACUGUUAAUUGCUGAUGACUACAGACUGAAAGCUACCACACUCAUUUACUACGACAUUCGUUCCGAGCCCUCUAAUUCAAAAUUUUCUAUAUUACUUUCGCUCACAAUGUAUACCGGGCGAUUCGUUUCUCUCGCGGUUGCGGUCUCAAGUCUCGCCAGCACUGCGUCUGCAACAUGUUACUCGCCAAAUAACAUCACUCGACAAUAUUUCCAGGAAUGCACUGAUGAACCAGGCAAGAUCAGUAUGUGUUGUGCGCUGGACCGACCGAGAGCUUUUGGUGGACCUGGCGACAAAGGCCCAGUUGCCGACAAGUGUAUAUCAAAUGGGCUUUGUAUGAAUACCCGUCUACAUGUUGAUAAGAAUAUCAACAUAACGGAGUACUGGAGAGGCGACUGUUCUAUUGAGACCGGUAGUGAUGAUCCGCUGUGCUUGCGAGACUUGUGUACUGAGAGGAGCGUUCAUGGAUCCACAGCUUUGACUCCUUGCGAUGGAACACCAGACUCGGAGGAUUGGUGCUGCGGGAAGAACACCACUUCAUGCUGCGGUACCUCUACAGCAAUCAAAUUAGCAAAAGUGUUCAGUGCAGAGCUACGUCCUGUUGCAGUCUCACAAUCAUCCUCUCCGAGCUCAUCCUCGAAGCCCACCGAGUCAGCUCAUGCGGUAUCAUCUAAUACCCCAGCGGAGUCAUCCAAUACCCCCGCGGAAUCGUCCAAUGCCUCCGCGGAGUCGUCCGAUGUCCCCAAGGCCAAAGGCACCAGCACGGGAACUAUCGUCGGUUGCGUUGUUGCCGGUAUGACCAUUCUCGGAGCAGUAGUCGUCGGUAUUGUCAUCGUCCUCAUGAAGCGUCGGAACCAGAAGAAAGGUCCAGGGGAUGGUCCAUACGCAAACAUGCACCCCCAACACUUCUACAAACACCAACCACAUUCUGACGGCGCGUUCACUGCAGAGCUGAGUGGCGGCGCGCAAAGUGAUUGGGAGUAUGAGAAGAGCGGAUCCCAAUACAGACCGGGGGUGGUCGCUCCAGGCGCUCCUGUACCGGUGGCGACGAGACACUCGGUGAGGAAUCAAGAUAGAAGAUUUGAGCUUGACUCUGCUCCUAUCGCUGAAAGAGGAGGGAAGCAUGGCUUGUAGU